CAUCUCUGCUCUUGUCUCCCUCCCCCACUGGUUACGGCAGCCACCAGUAUCCCCCCCCUCCAGACAUGCAAUUGUCCAAAAUUCAAACCUUUGAUCCGUCGAGGGUUUGAAUGAAAAGCUGAAACUCGUCUUGCCAAGGUAUGGGGAGAGAUUCGGCCGGAGGGUGGGGGGAGUGAAAAAAUGCCAAGGCAGAACCGCGUUGGGAACGGAUUGAUUCUCGGAUCCAGCAAGAUCCGGAAGAGGACUUGCUUCUUGUCGGCUUCGCCUGCGCCGCAGAAUUACCGGUUCAAGCGGGCAGUUUUUGUGGGAAGGACCAGGGAAUCGUCAACCAGGUUCAGCACGCCGGUGCCGGCUUGGAGGACGGCGGCGAAUGUGGAUUCUCUGAUGGGGGACAGGUCGGUGAGGAAGCUGGUGGCUUCCCUGCGGGAAAUGAACGACGUUCCGUAUCCGAUGGUCAGAGAGAAUUUGGAGGCUACGAAAUUUUUUAGGAGAGGAAUUCGGGUCGGGUCGGCGCGGUCAGGUUCUCAACCUUGCCAUUUGUCUGAUCCGUCUCACAGGCCGGUUUCGGAGAAGAUGGAUAGAUCAGGUACCGGUACUCACCAUAGAAGAACUACGUCGAAUUCUCAUAGACUCAGGCUUUCGGAUCAUAAUGUUGGUGCUGUGGAUUCCCUAAGUUGUGCCAGUUUAAUGGAGGAUUGUGCUACUUGUACCAACGGGAUGACAGGUUCAAUGACCAAAUUGGACUUCGUCAUCGAUCAUCAAGCCGCUGUGGACAGAAGAAGCCCGAUUGGGCUCGGGCUUCAUCUAGGAUGACAGAGGCAGAAGCAGCG